AGCACUCCCAUCAAAGCAGUCUCCAGCCACGUGGGCGUUCGUCAGUCAUGGUGUGGCUCGCACGAUGGUAAACUCCUGUCAGUUCAAUCCGAGCCAAAUUCAGAUGCGCUUUGCCGUAGUUGGACCGCAAGCACCUACUUCAACGCAGUGCAGGACCAGCUACCGGCUUUCGCGCCGGAACCAAUUCUUAAAACCCAACCCGACAACGAAGGUUUUCGCCCACCGGGACCGAUAUUACCAAAAAAGGUUUCUAGGACAGCAGUCACUUUCAAAGAAGCUCUAGAUGAUGACUCAUAUACUGGCCACUCUGUCUGUGACAAGAUACCCGACAGUCUUCCAGAUUCCUCUUCCCCUGCUCUCCAAAGGCGUUUUCUCGCCCCAGCAAAUGCUGGAUCUGUUGACGGCGGUCGGCGCCAGAGACCAGGAGAUCUGCCUAUCCAUCGGUUCAGCUCUUCCAACAACAACUUGUCUUAUCAGUGUUCAUUGGCACCUUCUGUUGCGACCAGUCUAGGUGACCUGACGGACUGGUCUGGGGUUCAGAAACAUCAGAUGCAGCACCCACUGCCCUCUCCCUUGGCGUCGUUGAAACACCUAUUGGAUUCACCGAUGUGGGUUCAGAAGACUCGACUUCGUGAAACGGAACGCGAACGACGGCGAUUGUUGGGUGAACUCGAGAAGGAGCGUAACUACCGUGAUGAAGUGGAGAACGUGGUUGCAGAACUUCGUACUCAGUUGGACGAGGCCAGGCUGCGCGCGACCGAAGCCGAAUCCAGGGCCACCCGGAUGUCUCGUGAUUUGGCCGCCCUACAAGACCAGGCUGAUGAACUCAGUGUGUGUCGAGCGGAGCUAGCACUGAGAGACGAUGCUAUUGCCAGUCUGAAACAGCGUUUGAACUCGUUCCAAGACCUCAUGUCGCAUUCGCGCAAGUUGGAGCUAGAAAAUUCCAAUUUGCAACAGGAAUGUGCAGAUCAAAAACAAAAGGUUGAACAGUUAUCUGCCAAAUUAAGCGAGAUCAAGGACCGCCGUAUGAUGUGCACGGAAAUGGAGACGCUUCGAUCGAAAUUGAAUGAUGUGGAAGCACAGCUGGCCCAACAGAUACUGGAACGGGAGAGUGUCGAGAAAGAUGCUCGCCGUCAACAAGAGUUGUACAGUCAACUAAAGUUGCAACAAUCUCUGGCCGAGAAACGUCGUGCUUUGAACCUUCGUCGAACAACUGUAGCCACAUGCUCCCCUAGCACACUCAGCUUGCCUGGCCAACCAAACUCCGUUCAUUCCACCAUUGGUAGUGUGAAUGACAUAGAGUUCGAGACGUCAGUGUUGAAUAGUUCCCAAAGUGCCGAAAACGGGUUGGCCAAGAUCGCUGGCAGUGGCCAUGACACGAAGCUGUUGGGCCAACUUCGGAGUGGCGAGAACCUAGGCUCUGUGCUGGAAACGGAUCUCCGGUCUGCUCAUUCUCAUAUCAGCCGUUUACAGGCUGAACUUUCUGAAGCCUUGGAUCAAGUGUCCGUCCGUGAGGCGCAGGUCGAGCAACUAACUGAUCGUGUCAACCAGCUCACAGUUGAUCUCUCUACACUCAGUAUGCAGCGCGAAUUAUCUGAAGAGACACUGAAGGAUGUCCAGGCUACUUUGGCCAACUUUCAGUCGGAUGUGGCAACACUUGAGGGGCGAAUUCUGUGGUCCCGUAUCAUUGAUGAAAAGGCUAAUAGUAACGAACAGUUGUCUCCACAAUCGAUUGUGAGGAUCCAGACGCUAGGGCUAGAUCAGUUGCGUACUGUUGGCACUGGACUUGCCGAACCUCUGGAUAAAUUAUGUCGCUUGCUCGUCUGCCGUUUUGAGGAUGUAUUGCGAUUACAGGAGCAGUGUACACAAGCGGCCCUCGAUCAGCUGACAGAGUCGCAGAACGCGGUGGAAAGCCUAAAGGGCACUGUCUCUUCGCUGGACAGACAGCUGACCGAGUGUCAGAAACGAUUGGAGGAACAAGCCGAACAACAUGAACGUUUUCGGGAUACACAGCAUUCAGUCGUGAGUAAUCUGGAAAGGGAGAAGUGUCUGCUUCAAGACCAACUUACUGUAAAAGUUGCAUCACUGGAGGAGUUCAGUGAACGAAUUCGGUUGCUGGAAUCGGAAAAGACACACUUGGAGAGUUUAAUGACGGAAUUAAAGCAUCAAACCGAUUUAGAAUUGGUUUCGUCAAAAGAUCUGCUUGAAAAGGCAACGCAACGUCUACGCGAACUGGAAAUCCAACUUUCUUCCGGUGACAAAACUCGUGUCCAGUUGGAUGCCUGCAUCCAGACAAACGCGUCCCUUGCCGAACUACCAAUGGUCAUAACCGGGUCGCAUCUACACGAGUCGCUGGAACACUUGGACAUGGAUCUACCACCGGUGGCCACAGACGAGGAUCUGUCACCCCAGUGUGAUGUUUCAAACACUGCCUACGAGGCUUUGGCUGCCGACAGACGUGGAUUAUCCGACGAGCUGGUUCGUUUGCACAAUGCACUGGAUGAGGCGAAUGAGUACGCACAACAAUUGGAACAACAAAAUAACGAACUGAUGGAGAGACUGGAAUCGACCGAAACUGCUCUGCAACAACAGACUACAUUGUUUACCCAUGCUCAAGAAAACUGGGCCGUGACAGAGGGCCAGCUUCGCAAUGUGCGUGCCAAGCAUUCGGCCGAACUAGACUCUCUGCGCGGAGAAUUGGUCCCGCAAAUCAACCAACUCCGCGCCAGCGCCGCCACGGUUGCUAACCAAAUGAGGGUUGUUCAAGCGGACAAUGAGGACCUACAACGCCGCUUGUCUACAACAUCUUCAGAACUAGAAAAGAUGGUGGCUGAACGAAAUCGCUUAGCCGAGCGUAAUGCGGACCUUCAGCGUGAAUUAGUUACCACCCGGAACCUAGUGGAAACAAUGGCCCGUAACCAACACCAAAGCCUAUCCGCUGAUCGUUCGCUGCAUGGUCGAACUGGGGAUGCUUCUGUUUCUGCUGUGGCGGCGCACCAUAGCCCCCACUCUCACAUCAAUGGGUCGGUUGAAGAAUGGGUGGAAGCAGCCCGAAUAGAGAGUGCCCGGAAACAGCGGUACACAAACGGGAUUUAUACAGAAUCGGUUGUCCCCUGUUCUCGCUAUCCUCCGCAGCACUCCGAUUCCUCCGAGUGUUUGUCAUCCAGUUCACCGGAUAGGCGUGCAUCUAUGCCAAAUGGUCAUAAGUGUAAAUCUUCAAUGCGAAAAUCAGUACGAUCCUCGAAAAACCGUCAUUCUUAUCACCUUUGCGAAGAGCUUGCCCGACUGACCAACCGAACUGCCAUGCUGGAGUCCGUCGCACUCGCCUUGACACAGCAGCGCGAGCAAGCGUUUUCCGAUGAAGACUCUUGUGUACAUCUGUCCUUGGAUGAGUCUCUUCGGCGCUUCCUGGCAGCCCAACAGAAAGCGGAACAGAUGAACGGGCAACGCUCCUCUGUUCCUGUGGCGUCUUCGACCUUGUGUUCAACGCAACAAAAACCCAUACCACAUUCAAUGAGUGGUGGUGUUUGCCCGACUGCCCUGUCGGAGAGUGGCCCAAAUCCUGCCUCUGCACCAGUCGGCUAUCCAGAUUCGCACAACUCUACAAGUAAACAUGAACUGGACACUGAUGCUGAUUCAUCCGCCUUCACCGAUCUUAGCAAGGUUUCUCCGGUUUCCAGGAACGAUCAUGUUGGCAUAGUCACAUCCACUCUACCUCACUCCUCUCCAGUUUCAGCUAAUUUGUCCAGACUUUCUAGUACACAAGAACCGUACAAAUCCGAUCCUGGUCAGUCUACUCGGAUCCCAAUGACACGCGUCGAAUCGGAUACCGUUAGAUUUCCCGUGACCAGGUCCGACGGCCUACAGAUGAAUGGGUUGCAAGGUAGUCGUCCCUCACCCAAAAAAACUGCACAAGACCAAAAGGAUUCAGAUCUCCUGGAUCCGGAUCGUAUCAAUGAACUUCAUCGACGCAAUCGACUUCAACCGCUUCACUUACGUACGAGCUACCCAUGCGUCGAGCCAGAGCAGGUGGCUGGUGCCUUAUCCCAUCUUGCAUCCACCGGACAAAGCAGGGGACCCUUUCUUCUCUCUAAACCGAAACAAUCGUUCCGCAAACCGUCUGCCACGAAUGUUUUGGGCACUGUACCUGAAGACCAUCGAACUGUUCUGCGUGAAGUGGAUGAGGACAACCUCCUUGAGGCAACCCAUCGAAAUUCGGUCCCUGGUUCUAGUCAGCCACCUAACCGACUGAAACUACAGGAAACGGUCGUCAGCUCGAAAGUGGACUCUCCUGUUGCUGCCGGGUAUCAGCCGAUUCCGAGGAAUAUUCAGGCAAUCACGGAUGCCCUGAUCGCCGCCUCGUACGAUCCUUCUGCGAUGGCCGAAGCGCUCUCUGCGGAGAUAUCGAAGGCUUCAUUGACCGCCAGAAACAGUUCGCGGUCGGGCGAUACUAGUCAGUCCACUGUGCGCACACAUUCAGCCAAACCGGGAAUGCAUCUAGAAACCUCGGAUCUCAACGGUGUUUCGCGGCGCGUCAUCCAGUCCACUGAUCUCACUCCCCCUACCUCGUCGCCUUCCAAACACUCGCAUUUUAUUGACGAGAACACAAACCCUCCCGUUUUAUCGGUUUCAGUCACUGGAAACAUGACGUCUUCUCCCGAUCGCUUCGUUCGCCCAUCAGCCCCCUCUCGUGCUCGUGGGCAUCGACACAACUCUGGCGGAGACAGUGAGGACUCGCUCAGUGUUGCUUCUAGUAUUCGAAGUAACAAGAGCUCUAUUGCUUUCGAGAUCCCAAAUGAGCAGGCCACUGUAAAGGUUCGACGCCUUCCAGCUUCUCGCCGUCCGCCAUCGUCCACCACUGCGCGACGUGGCGCUGAAGGAAAGAGGAAACCACAACCACCAAUCGCUUUGAGUUGUGCCAAACUGCCUUUAGGACCCCCCGUGUCGGGUGAUGACAACAGCUUUCCUGCUGUUGAAACUCCCAUCCAACGAAACACUCGGAGCCCAUUUUUACUACCCAUUGUUGCUCAACAGAUUACUUUCGUCAACCCUUCCGCAUCCCUAUCCACCAAAUGUGUCCGCAACAUCUCCUACUUCUUGCAGAUGACACAAUGUAUUUUUUUCACCUCGCUUGGCAUUUGUUCACGAAUACACGCGAUUACCGGUGUUUUCCUAAGACGAAUUUUUUUCACUUGCUCUGGGGGCACCAGUCGCUUUUGCUGUCACAUUUGGGCCGAUUUUGUGCCAUGUUCUGGGCUUCUUCCCUAG